UUGCUAAAUUGAAAUCAAUUGAAAUAUUCACAAAUAUUAAUUAAAUAACACUAGAGGUAAAGACAGAAAUGAUUUCCCAGCAAUCGCUAUUAAAGCGAACAUGGCCAAUGAUUGUGCAGUGCGCUGAAGCUCAUAGGAAACCUCGAUGGGUACCAGUAGCAAAAAGUAAGAUUUACAGAAUACCAAAGCGCCCUGAAGUCUCGGAGGAGGAGCGAUUGGAGCUGCUAAGGAUAAACAAUAAUUACAAGACGCAGAUGCGUGCGAUUCGGAGGUUUUACCAUGAGGAUAUGAUCAAAGAGAAGUCGACCAAAGACAGUGCGAGUUCAGAAAUGUCUCUGCGUUUGGAGGCGCAAGAAUGGGAACGCUGUGUGGAAUUAAACGAGAAAUGGAACGCUCAAGUGGCCUUAGAGCGUGAGGAGAGACGGAAGCAGGAAUUAGUUAAGAUGGAGGAGGCAGCACUGAUGAGGAUGGAAGCCAAGGACAGGGAGCUGAGAGAGAGAAUCCAGAAAGCUUCUGAGCAAAUUAGAAGAGAAAAGGAACUAAGUAGCACAUUCAUCACCCCAGACACCCUUGAUGCAGCUAUAGACCAUGCGCUUGCCAACCCUGUGGACUACAAUUUUGCGAUUGACCUGCAAGGGAACCAGUUCCAAGGCAGAGACACACCUGUACCUCCUAAGAAACCAGAACAAAAGCUUGCAACAUCUGCUUGAGAGAAUAUUUACCACUUUAUGCACUAAAUAGAUAAUUAUGUUACAAAAAC